UCAUUCUUCGUUUCCUGUGCAGCUGCAGAUCUACACAGAUCAGGCUGUACCGGCAGCGGGGAAAGCACACGGUUCCGAUACCACCCCGCCAUCCCCCAAGAGCAGCCAUUUAACUCUGAGCAGGCACCGCGCUGGCCAUCUCCCCACGGGGUCCUUCGGGUCUGUCUGAAGUGAGUCUGGAGCCGGGCAAACCGGACCCGGCGGGAAGGACAACAACAACAAGAGGGCUGAAAAGAUGUCGGGGAUUGCCUUGAAUCGUCUCUCACAGGAAAGAAAGGCAUGGAGGAAAGACCAUCCAUUCGGAUUUGUGGCUGUGCCUGUGAAGAAUCCAGACGGCACAAUGAACCUGAUGAAUUGGGAAUGUGCUAUUCCAGGCAAAAAAGGGACAACUUGGGAAGGAGGCUUAUUUAAACUGCGGGUGCUUUUUAAGGAUGACUAUCCAUCUUCACCACCAAAGUGCAAAUUUGAGCCACCAAUAUUCCACCCGAAUGUGUAUCCGUCAGGAACUGUCUGUCUGUCAAUUCUAGAAGCAGAGAAGGACUGGAGGCCAGCAAUCACCAUCAAACAGGUAUUGUUAGGUAUACAAGAACUUUUAAAUGAACCAAACGUUCAGGACCCAGCUCAAGCAGAAGCCUACACAAUCUACUGCCGUCUGCAAACCACCUUCUGGAAGCAGUGACUGCACUGAUGCAGAUCUUCCCCACGUCAGCCAAUCAGCGUCACCACUCUGCUGUCCUCUUCCGGGUCUGGAUUUCUUCUCACUGUGUUCAAAGAGUGCGUGAGUGAAGCUGAUAGCAAUUUGAGUAUGAAGCCUGGGCAAAAGGCUUAGGGUCUGAGCCUAUGUCCAGUGACACACUGGCAUGUUCAUUGUUCUUUCUAUGUUUCGAGCAGAUUUUGGUGGUUUUCACCUGUGGGUUAUUAUGUAUGCAACAAUUAACAGAAUAGGAUUUAAUUUAUUUCACAGUUAAAUAAUGGCAUAAUGAAUUAUGUGUUCUUUUUUACUGGAUUUCUCAUUGAGGACUUGGUAAGAUUAAAAAAAAUUAAACAAUUUGUUUGAGAAGGGCCUGAGAGACAUGGGGAAGAAGGCCAGCAGCACUGAUCCACUAGUGAGGAGUGGGGUAGGGUUAGGGUUUCUUAACAAAAUCAGCCCUCUUUAUGCCUUUGUUAACAACUGUCUCUGGUUGAACCUCAUUCACUUAACAGGGCCUCAUCUUGUCCCCAUUCUGUAGAUUAUAUUACUUUGCAUGGUUAGUGGCCAGCCAUGAACAUCUGGUGGGUAACACUGUAUUCCUUUCGCAGCCAAAACCGAGUGGAAUACGACAAGAGGAUUCGUGCACAGGCCCGACGGUUUACACCAACAUAAGUGUGAGCUAGGCUGGGUUAUGGAAUGGAUAACAGAAGAUGCCAGGGAAUUUGUUCAGCAAGAUCUUUUUUAUUUUACAAAAGUGACCAGGUUUUAAAUUGGGCCUUUGUUUUAUAAAGUCCCAGUAUAUUCUUUCUACCAGGAACCAUCUAAUGACUGACAUUGUUUAUUUCCCUUUCCUCCAGUCCAGAUUUUUGAUUUUUUUUCCCCUAUUGUUGCCCCCUGUUGUGGAAAUGAACCUGGUCAUUUGAUGAGCCAGAUACUUGCUGACAUGGCUUGACCCACAAUCUUUUCAGGAUCCUGGCCGACAAUUUGUAUUUUUGAUGGUAUAUGACAAAAUAUAAAGAUGAAAUAGACUUGCUUUUAUUUUAAUAAGGAAGAAGCUGAUAUUCCGAGUGCUGUAAAAUGUUAAACUUUUAUACUUACCAUAAUACACAAGCACAUAUAGUAAUACCACCUUCAUUCAAUAUUGUCAGUGUUUAAAGAGAAUAUUGUUUGUGUUGUGUUGUUUACCCAGAUCAAGAAGUUCAUUUAAGCAUCCUAUGCUUAUUUUAUGCUUCACCAGGAAGUGAGCUGGACUCCCAUCUGACAGUCUGUUCUGCCUUUUCCCUAUUUACACAAUCUUGUAUCCAUCUGUGUCUUAGAAAUAUAAUAAAGGAGUCAUCCAAGAUGUUCUAUUGCA